AUGAGUAGUCGCGGCGGUAAAUUAGCACCAGAAGUCAACCGAGCUCUGUUCGUGAAGAACUUGAGCUACAACGUAACUCCAGAGGAGUUGUUCGACCUGUUCGGAAAAUUCGGCCCAAUCCGACAGGUCCGCCAGGGCAUUGCCAGCGGCACCAAGGGCACAGCCUUCGUUGUCUAUGAAGACGUAAUGGAUGCAAAGCAAGCCUGCGACAAGCUCAACGGCUUCAACUUCCAAAACCGAUACCUCAUCGUUCUGUACCACCAGCCAGAGAAGAUGCUCAAGUCAAAAGAGGACCUCGAGGCCCGCCGCGCCAGUUUAGCGCAGCUCAAGAGACAGCACGGUAUCGAAUGA